AUGGUGGCACAGGGAGCAGUGAUGUCGUUCUCUCAAUUUGGAUAUCCCUACAACACAGCGUCCCAGUUCUUCGUGUCGGCCAGUCCCGGAGCGACGUGCUGCGAAGCCAGCUCCAGACCCGUGAGUGAAGGGCCGGCCCAAGCUGCUGUUUGCUGCCCUCCCUAUGAGAACAGAUUACUGACCAACGCCAGGACGGAGAUUAACGCGGCCGCCGCGGCCCUGGGCAUGUACAGCAGCUCUCCCUAUGCAACUGCAGCCAGCCAGGGCUACGGGAACUAUUUGGCGUACAGUACCGACUCUUCAGCCCUGUACUCCUCCCUGAAUUCCCAGUAUGAAAUUAAAGAUGGCACUGGGAGUUUACACUCGGGAGUUGCUGCUGCAGCAGCUACCUACUACCCGUAUGACCACUCCUUGGGGCAGUACCAGUAUGACAGGUGUGCCACCAUGGACUUCAGCAGCAACUCUCGGCGCAAAAACGCGACCCGAGAAACCACCAGCACCCUGAAGACUUGGCUUCACGAGCACCGGAAGAACCCUUACCCCACCAAAGGCGAGAAGAUCAUGUUGGCCAUCAUCACCAAGAUGACCCUGACUCAAGUCUCCACUUGGUUCGCGAACGCCAGGAGGAGGCUGAAGAAGGAGAACAAGAUGACCUGGUCCCCGAGAAACAAAGGGGGGGACGAGAAGAAAGAGGACAGCGAGAAAAAAGACGGGGACCAAUACAGUGCGGAGAGCGGGGCGAAAGAAUAUGGAGAUGACAAAGAGUUGAGACUGAGUGAUCUGGAGGAUUUGGACGAUGAGGAAUCGGGAAAAGUGGACCAAGACAAGCCCCCAUGCGGCCUCGGUACAAGGCAAGCGCUGGUGGAGGGAAGUGACCGUAACGUGUCGCCUCCAGACAAUCCGCACACAUUCUCCUGCUCGAAGGGUGAUUCCAGCCUCGCCCCACACUUUCUCGAAGCCAUCAGCAAUAAGCCACCAGUUUCUAUGGCAGGCACCAGUCUCCAGCAGCGCUUUGGGACAGCAGAGAAGCCGAGGAUUUGGUCUCUAGCACACACAGCAGCCUCCAACACUCUGGUGGCUUGUGAGAGCGGCCAGUCGCGGACAGUUCGGUACUGCGCCGAGGUGAGGCCGAGCCAGGCCACGGUCAACCAAGUCGAUGAUAUCCUAUCUCUCCGAGACUCUUCACAUGCAGCCCGCAUUCUGAGAACUUCUGCAUUCAAUUUACAAACGCUUGUGGCCACUGGUCAGCUGCACUGUGCUUCCUACCCCGCACUAGGCAACUGCCAGUAUACAUCAGGGACUGAAGGAUUUCUGAGGCAUGGGAAAUCUGACGUGGGAUCAGUAGAGAUGACGGAAACAUGCCCACUGCACCCAGAGGGGAAGCUGAGGAGAGCCUUCAGGCCUGUCCUGAAGAGGUGAGGCUUGUUUUAGACCAGGACGCUGUAGACCAAGUGGAUGCCGCACAACUCCUUUUAUUGUAUGCACUAGUGAUUGACAAUACACUGGAAAUGAGACAGGAUCCGUUUCUUCCGAGCACUGGCAUUGACUGUAAAACUGAUUCGCUUUGACUUAACCAGCGGCUAA